AUGACUUCUGGGUUACUCGUGAAGCAGAAGACAACCACCAAGCUUCAUCUUAUCUCUUGUGCCGUGACCACUUCCCACCACCAUCCUCGCACACAAACGCGUACAAAUCGUGCCGGUUGCUUGCUCCCACAAACCCUAUAUGCCAUCGUGACAACCACUCAGCUCCGCCGCCACCAUUUGCAGCCGCCGACAUCAUCAUCACCAACAACCACCAGUCGUCGCCAUCCUCAACCACGACUACUAUCUCUCACCACCGCCACUGCCACUAUACCACCAGAUCCAUCUCUGAAGCGCCUCCAUGGAGUUUUCACCCUUCAGCAUAUGUUUUCUAUGUAUUCUGUUUGGUGGUUACUAAUUUAA